UGAAGACGUCGAGGCCUCAGAUCAUGGUACUAGAGCUGCAACUGUGCCAUUUUAUGACACUGAAUCUCUAGCCGCAAGAGGAAGCACGGCAACAGCACCAGCAGGCACCUCUUCUAGAGAUAGGUCCCACAGACUGCUCAGCAGGCAUCCGCGCGAGCAGGUUGGCGGGUCUUCUAGUAGUAGCAGCAAUCGCAGGCUGCUCCACGACACAGCACCCGUAGACCCAGGCCCCUCACGUGGGGAAGCAGCAAGUUGGUCUUCCUAUGUUGAGGAGGCUCGUAAUGACCAGAUUGGAGCUCCGAUGUCGUCGUCCUCAAAUCCUCCUCCCUCUUCAUCAGCUAGUAGAUCCAACAGUGCCAGAAGCCAACCAAAAACUACGCAGCAUUGGAGAUAUAGAGACCUGCUGCGCGAUUCCUAUCGACCAGGUGGAAGCCCGCGCCAGCAUAGGAACAGUGAACAUGUAGCCCUCGGUCAAGAGCAUCCGGCUGAUGCUAGAAGUACAACUACGCUUGACAAACAUAGAACAAGAAACAUAUUAGCAUCAGACGAUCAACUACAUCAUGAUCAUGGCAGUGGUAGACACGAGGAUAUUUUCCACGAAGAAGGAGACGACGACUACACUGAAGAAGUAGAUCCUGCAGCUGGCCACGAGGAGGAUGAAGCUUAUUAUCUGGACGAAGACAUAGAGAUAGAACAUGAUGAUACACACAGUGAAGAUCCGGAGACGAGACAUCUAGCCCGGUCCACCUUCGUGGAUUAUGGAGAUAUUUCGAUCCAAGGUAUGGCUUUUACCUACUUUGCAGUCGGAAUUCUGAAGAUGAUAGCUGUAGCCUUCUGCACCGCUGCCGGCGGAAGUGGCGGUUUUUUUGCGCCAUCCAUGAUCAUAGGGGGUUAUUUCGGAGGAGCACUAGGAAGCGUCUUGAAGUGGAUCUCAGGACCACACGAAGUGAAUGGAACGUACUACAAGAACAAGAACAAGCACCCCCGUUCAGAACGGGGGUGCUUGUUCUCGUUCUUCACCUUCUGCUGUAUUUUGUUGAAAGCGUCCGUAGUGCUCGCGUUGGAGUUUUUUUUGCAAGAUAGAGUCUUGCAUGGUUUUUUGCAACUAUGCAGGCACCUCUGCGUGUCUUGGUCUUCUGAUGAUCCCCGGCAACUGCCCUUUCUCAGGUACCUCCAGCUCUGCGUUCUUUUCGGGAUGGUGGGAUUUUUCGCAUCGAGUUUCCGAUUGCCUCUCACCGGCGCUUUGUGCAUUUACGAGCUGAUCGUUGCGAGCACUGACGAUGAAUCGAACAUUGCGGGAUCCCACAUCGUCAGCCGCCUCUUCUUCCCGAUGCUAGUGUGCUCCAUCGUGUCCUUCUGUCUGAGCAUCUACAUGCAUCCACAAGCGUUGCUAGAAAGGACGAUGGAACAAGACGGACUCCAUAAUCUUUGCUUUGGGAAUGGUACUCCAAGUUGUCAUUGCGGUAUGCCUUCAACAAGAAAUGAGUCGAAUUCUAUUACGUUCACGACAACUUCACGAGCAUAGAUACUACUUGGAUGUUUCUUCAUCGCAUCAGGUCAUGAUUGAUCAUGAUACCCUAUAUCAAUCUUCAGGUAGCAUCGACGGCGAAAGUAGCAGUGAAGACGAGACGAGUACAGAGGAUAGCAGCACCAGUGACACCAAAGACGAGAGCGCCGAGAAGGAGGUGGAAGGAACAACCGAUGGCCUCACCGUCUCGUCCCUCAAGAGUGCUGACAACAAGCCGCCGGAGUCUAUUCUCGGUCUCGUCUCCAAAACCCUGCUUCCCCCAGAACUCAAGCAAUCGGGCAGUAGCCGCCGUCAGUCCGUGGACUUGGGCCAGGUGUUCCGGAAACCACUGUAUGAGACUGGUAGUUUCGCAGGAGGCUCCGCACAGCAGAGCAGCCGGAGUAAAAAUAGACGGUCAAUAAAAGGAGACGGAACCUCACCUGAGGAAUCUCCAGAUCAAGACACUAGUAACACCACUGGAAGUCGCAGUAGUCGAAAUGCUUCAGACAUACCAGAAUAUCUCAAAGUAAAAUAUACUCAUUCUGUUUUAUUGUUGGGUUCGAAAUUAAUCGAUUCGUUUUCCUCGAUUGGGAUUGUUGAAUACUAGACUAAAAUAUAGUAUAAUUAUGUUUUACCCAUCAAUGACAAUUUUCAUUUUCUCUUUGUCACCAUGCUCUACUACAGCCUUCUAUUCCUAACCAGGACACCGGAGCAGGGCCCCUCACCAGAAUACGGCGCGCGUCUCACCCGCCAGCUUCCCGUAUUUCGAAAAACACUAGCGAAAGGAUCGUCGAUUUUUACAGGCGCAACAGUGUGGAUAUCCGGAAGGAGUUUGAGGCGCUUAAAGCGAACAGCGCAAACCUCACAUCCACGCACAGCACGAGCAGCAAACGCAGCUGUACUCUUUCUUGUUAUCCUUAUCUAUCAUAUUUAUCAAUAUCUUUCUCGGCAGCAUUCAUUGAUGGCAUGAUUGGAGAAAAUGAAAUGUUAACGUCAACGAAAACCACGUGUCUGAACGCCGAGCUUGAUAAACGAUGAUAAUCAUUAUAUCACUUAUCAAAACCCCACGAGUCUCAUUUUUGACACCUUUGUACUGGUGGCAUGUUGCAGAUGAGGCCAGACUUGUUGAUGUUGAAGAAAAACGCAACAGAUAACCACGUCGAGAUACCUCUGCCAGAUCGUGGCGCGUUUCCUCUGGGGACUGGUUUUUCAAGCGACAGCGCUGUUGGAACGGUCAAGACGAUUAGCCCAUCGGGGAGCAUUAGUUGUAAAAAUACGAGUUCUUAGUUAGACUUAGAUCAUCAUGGAAAUUUAAGCAAUGUUGAUACAUCAAUUCUUUGAGGUAGUACUUGUUGUUUCAAACUUCUCAGUUCUUCUUCUUGUUCACAAGAACACAAUCAAGACCAGCGCGUCAUAGAUAUCAUGCACAUUUUGUCAUUAUAGUCCUCCCCAUUCGCGACACCAAAACAGGUCGCGAAGCUCCCGGCUACCUUCAGAGCGGGCGAGCGGGUUUUGGUGGCGGUACAGGGGACGCGGGUGGUGACAAUAGUCCGCCAUCAGUACCGCGUGAGUUGAAUUUAGGAGGGCUACCAGGUGAGGACUUGUGCUCACUGCAACAUGCUGCAGUCAGUGCACGUCAUGUGGGUGGAUCUUCAUCAAGCAAACAAGCGUCUCCUAUGGGUUUGCCCCCCGAUGACGCUAUCUCAGUGGCUCUGAGCAUUGGGCAAGUGAGUAGUGGAGGUGCAGGUAGCACAGUGGGGAGAGGAGGUAAGAUAAAAAUUUAAAAUUAAAAACUGUUAAAAAAAUUAACUGUUAUUUUUAUUAAAAAUAUUCAGCAUGAUCUGUGACUAGUCCUAGUGUUUUUGUACGUAGGGAAUUUUCCGAAACAACUGUCUAGAAACAUCCCUCCGUCAGGUCCAGCAGGUGGCCCAUCCGGCGCACCAGGAGGCGGUUCUAAUCGCCCGGAGCACAAGCGUGGGGGUAAACGUAACACCAAGGUGAACAAUUCGACCUCAACGAUGAGGAUCCUUGAAAAUGCGAUGAAGCGACGCGGAGAGCAGAAAGGCAGUGACGCGAUCUCUAGCACGAUAAGCAGUGCUGCAGGGUUUACGACAGCAAUAUGGAGAUUCUCUAAAGAAGGUUCACUAGUUUCGAGCACGAGCUUCUCUGCGGACGAUGUGGAAAGAAAGUAGAAAAUCGGCAUUUUUGAAUUGGACGACAGGGAGGAUGAGGAAAUGUCAACGUGCAUUUGGGAGCAGAUUCGCACCUCACUACUUAGGUCUUUUUCCAUCCUGCUUCUUCUCUUCCUGUAGUUUCUCUCCUCUCCUUUCAUACUUUCCGACGGCAUUGGCGUUUUGGGCGGUGGAGGAUCGUUCCCUGGCGGACAACCUUUAGCACCAGCUGGUGGCGUAGGUGGCGGCUUCGCCCGACCAAGUGGCAUCUUUCAUCGUGGACGAUCUGGUAGUAUCUCCACGACCCCAGGACAAAUGUGGCGUGAUAUGAAGGAAUUUAGAGAGAGCAAGGCGGAAAACAAGGUACUCUCCUGAAGAUAAGUAAAGUUGUAAAUUAUACUUAGAACAAGUAGUGCUUCUUGAAGAUGAAGUCGUUCUCGUUCACCACUGCUAAGUAGUGUCUCAGGACUAAAUGCACCUGAAAGUAGUAGCCAAAACGUCGAUAUGCAACCAAGAAACUGAAGGAACUUUAUUCUUUGAAGACAGUCACAGUUUUCGAUUCCAUCUCCAAGGCACACAUGUCAACAACAAACAGUGGAACGUCCUCGCAUCCAUGUCCGAGGAGGACAUGCCUCCUGACAUUUCGCAUUCGCAACGCAGCUUGAAUCCUAAACCAAGCCUCUCAAUGUCCUCAUCCAGUCAGUUUGCCUUGCCGUCAGAGAUUGUUUAUCCGCAGUCAGUACCGGAAGAGGAGGAGAACUAG